GUUUAGGGAGAAGUCCCCACAAACUCUUCAUUUUGAUCAGCCUGCAGGCUCUCCACUCUCAUCUUUUAUCUUUCUUACAGCCACUCCCCACAAACUCUGUGCACAUCGAAGUAAAUCACAUAUCUUUAUCUAAUUAUUAACCAAAUAGGCUAGACAAGUGCAAAAACUCUGAGACAAGAAGAAGAUGGAUAGUUACACAUCCAGCUAUUCACAAUUUCAUGUCAUUUUAUUCCCUUUCAUGUCAAAAGGGCACACCAUCCCAAUCCUUCACCUAGCUCACCUCCUUCUCCGCCGCCGCAGCAGCAUUGCUAUCACCAUCUUUACCACUCCGGCAAACCACUCUUUCAUUGCUGAUUCUCUUGCAGGAACUAGUUCAAGAAUUGUUAUCCUAAACUUCCCUAAAAAUAUCCCUCAAGUCCCUUCCGGCAUUGAGAGCACCGAUAAGCUCCCUUCCAUGACUCUCUUUCCUUCAUUUGCUUUAGCCACUAAGCUUAUGCAACCAGAAUUUGAGGAUGCCCUUGAAAGUCUUCAACAAGUGAACUUCAUGGUUUCGGACGGUUUUCUAUGGUGGACUUUAGAGUCUGCAACUAAAUAUGGCUUUCCAAGAUUGGUUUUUUAUGGUAUGUCUAAUUACUCUGUUUCAUUGUCAAGAGCUAUUCGAGAAGAUAUGCUUCGUCUUAAGCUGGAGUCAGAUGAGGAAUUAAUCACAGUAACUCGAUUUCCAUGGAUUAAGGUAAGUAGAAGUGAGUUUAAGUCAACUGUUCCACAGGAUGAACUACAGUUGGAGUUUAUGGUGAAGGCAAUAACAGCAUCAAAGAGUAGUUAUGGUUAUAUAGUUAAUAGUAUUUAUGAGCUUGAACCAGUUUUUGUGGAUUACUUCAAUGAUCAAGGCGGACCAAUGGCUUGGUGUGUUGGACCCCUGUGUUUAGCCAAGCCAUCAAUGGCUGAAUCUGUAUUUCAUGAGAAACCCACUUGGAAUCAAUGGUUAGAUAAAAAAUUAGAGCGAGAAAGUUCAGUUUUAUAUGUUGCAUUUGGGUCUCAAGUUGAGAUUUCAGAAGACCAACUUAAAGAGAUUGCGAUUGGGUUGGAGAAAUCUCAAGUAAAUUUUUUGUGGGUUAUAAGAAAAAAAGAAAUAGAACUAAGUGAUGGAUUUGAUUUUGAAGAGAGGGUUAAAGAUAGAGGGAUUAUAGUGAGAGAUUGGGUUAAUCAAAGAGAGAUAAUACAGCACAAGAGUAUUAAAGGGUUUUUGAGUCAUUGCGGAUGGAAUUCUGUUUUGGAGAGUAUAUGUGCAGGAGUGCCAAUCCUUGCAUGGCCUAUGAUGGCAGAGCAACCUUUUAAUGCAAAAAUGGUGGUGGAGGAAAUAAAAGUAGGGUUAAGAGUACAUACAUGUGAUGGGUCAGUAGAAGGCUUUGUGAAGAGAGAAGUAUUGGAGAAGAAGGUGAAAGGGUUGAUGGAGGGGGAAAAGGGAAAGGAAGUGAGGAAGAAGGCGAAGGAAUAUGCAGAGAUGGCAAAGAAAGCUAUGGAAGAAGGGACUGGGUCUUCAUGGCGCACGUUAGACAAGCUUAUAGAUGAGACAUGGAGAAAAUAGAAACAAGAGGUUUGGGAUGUCAGAAAACUUGCGAUCUAGUGCUAGAAAAGACAAUGGUAAUGGUAUAGGAUUAUGACUUGGUACAGCAUAUAUGAUUUAUGCUUUUAAGAUUCUUCUUUGUAAUAGUUUAGUGUUUGUUUAUAAAUCCACCUUAGGAAA